GUCUCUACUGACUUAGAAUAAUAUAUAUAUUUUGUCUUUAAUUGAUGGCAACAUGAAGACCACCAGCCGGCUGAUGAGGAUCGGAGUCCAAGGAUCUUGUGAUCGAGAAGUACCAAGUUACUCCCUCACGUGGGAAGUUGUGAGUUUGAGCCUCAAUGGAUGCGAUAUUGACUCUUUGUGCUUCAUAGAAGAACGAUCAAUAGAUCAGAUGGAGAAAACUCAGAAACAAGCCCUGUUUAACGUUGCUAAUCUCAAGCUCCCGUCGUUCCAGGUGGUGGUAGUAAAUGCAAACCUGGGCUGUGCUCAUUGCAGACGAAGAAUUUCUCAAGUAGUUUUGAAUAUAACUGGAUUACGGGAGUACACGAUGGAUGUUUUGAAGCGACAAGUGAUUGUAAAAGGUGGCAUCAAAAAUAAUUUUCAAAAUCGAAACAACACAAAAUUGAAGGAUGAAAGGUGUAGGGUUAAAUUCUUUACGAGAUUAUUUUGCUUCUGAUAGAUCUUUAAAUGUCUAAGAUUUUAAUAUAUCUGGUGAUCAAUCAUUGUAUGUACAAAACUUGUAUUUGUUAGCGUUUUUUUUUUUUUUUUAUAUAAACUAGUAUUUUCACC